AUGUGGAUACUGCCGUUGCUUGGAUAUGUGGGUGUCAUUUUGGGCUUCGCCUUCUUGACGCUUGCCAUAGCUUCCGGCCUGUACUACCUCUCUGAGCUUGUGGAAGAGCAUACCGUAUUCGCAAAGAAGCUACUGUACCGACUCAUCUAUGGCGUGGUCGGUAUCCAAAUCUUGCUUCUAGUCGUCGAUCGGUUUCCAGUCGGACUCAGCGCGUUGAGUGUUGUGUCGCAUGUCAUUUAUGCGCAGAACCUCAGGCGAUUUCCCAUUGUCAAGCUCACGGACCCACUGUUCUUGGUCUCUUGCGCCCUCGUGAUCGCAAAUCACUAUCUUUGGUUUCGUCACUUUAGCGCUCCGCCAGCGAACACAUACUCUUCGUACUCAUACUCCCGCGACGUCAACAUUCCCACCUUCACCGAGAUCGCAUCCUACUUCGGCCUAUGCGUCUGGCUAGUUCCUUUUGCCUUGUUCGUCUCCUUGUCCGCUGGCGAGAACGUUCUUCCCUCAAUGGGCUCCGAGUACGCGACUGGAGACGGUAGCAGCUAUAUCAUGCCAGGGAAAGCACCAGAGUCGUUUGGCAGCGGGACGGGUAUUGGAGUUGGCGGAGUGAGCAGUGGGAUGGAGGGCAAGAGGAGAGCAAGAAGUGGAACAAACGCGGGCAUGGCGAAGGCCGUUGUCACUGGCGUCAGGGAGUGGGUCGGAGAGACGGGAGAGGUUAUGGGACUGUGGAAGGGUGAGAGAACGAGGCCAACAUUUUAA